AUGAAAUUAAUAUCAUAUUUUGCAUACCAACUUAAUUUUAUAAUUUUGGCAUGUGCCAGUCCUUUCAUAAAAUGUUCAUUUCCGGAUGAUUUAAAUCUUAUCAAGGUCGCUGCAAAUGGAGCUAAUGCAGGUUGGGCAAUGAGUCCGGAUCAAAUUUGUGUACCUGGAAUGCACUGUCUUUACGCCUGCCCACCGGGUCAAUUAAUGAAUCAAUGGGAUGCUUCCGUUUCCACUUAUCUGUUUCCAAGUUCAUUAAAUGGUGGUUUAAAAUGUGAGACUGAUGGUUCAUUAACUAAACCUUUUAAGGACAAAUCACUAUGUGUAGAUGGUAAAGGUACAGUCCUGGUCAUUAAUAAGGUGGGUAAAGAUGUUGCAUUUUGUCAAACUGUAUUGCCUGGAAAUGAAGCAAUGUUAAUCCCAACUAAUUGUGGAAGAAACGAACAAGAAUUAGCUGUUCCAGGACCAGAAUAUUAUGCAGGGACUUCUGCUCAUUAUUACGUCAACUUUCCUGGAAUUGCAACAAAAGAUGCUUGUGUUUGGGGAUCAAAGGAUAAUGCUUUAGGAAAUUGGGCUCCAUACAUUGCGGGUAUGAACAUGGAUCAAUCAGGAAAUACCUUCGUAACUAUCGGAUUCAAUCCAAAUUAUUUAGAUCAAUUCCCAAAUAAGAAGAUCGAUUUUGGUUUGAAGAUCACUUGUGAUAACCCUGAAGAUUGCGUAGGGUUAGGUUGUGAAAUAAACCCUGAAAGUGGUCAAAUUCGAGUAGAAAGAUCAUUCAAUACUAAUUUAAACAGUGCGGCUUUUUGUGUUGUCACAGCCAAAAACCAUGCAAAAGCUAAAAUUGAGGUAUUUAAAGUCUGA